AUGGACGCCCGGCUUGAAGAAGACAGUCUUGCCGUUGUCUCAACGGGGACUGAGGACGAAGACCAAGGAGAGGAGUUGAAAGCGUCGGACGAAGCUGUCGCAUUCCUGUCAAGCAUAGAGCCUGCAGAGCUGCAGAAAUGUGUGUUUGCAGACUCUCUGGUGACUGUGUCAGAGGGUGGCAGAGACCUGGGGAAGUUUACAGUCACAGUGGAGUUUGCAUGCAGGGGCCAGCAGCCAUGUAUGCUGCUGCAUGCUCAGAGCCAGGGAGCCAUUGAUGACUGCCCCUGUGGAACUACAGUGACAGCCUACCUAACAACAGACCUGGAGGUGCUGGAGGAAGAUUACCAUGAGUAUGUUGAGCUUGAAGGCCACAGUUUAGACAAAAGGUGUCACAUGGUGCAGCGUGAUGACCAGAUGGUAAUCGAUAAAGUUACCGUUGCAGGAGAGGAGGUGACAAAGGAGAGUGUUUCCUACCCCAUGUCAGUCCUCAGUGGUUUAGUAACCGAGGGUUCAAGCCUGCUGCUGAAGCGUCUGAUCAACCUGAGAAAGAAAGUGCCAGAAAACAUGACCUUCAUUUCUUUGGAAGAGAGACUGCACAUCAUCCACACCACAUUUAGCGGUCUGGGUGUGAAGCAGCUGGAGGUCGGAGUGGACACAGUGGAGGUGUUUGGGGUGGAGAGGACAGUUCAUUCAGUGGAGAACAGCCCCAUCACCUGGCAGAGCUACUUCCUUGCUGAUGGGCAUUUAGCGAGCAGAGUGCAGGUUGGAUCUCCAGUCACCAUGAGGCUUCUGCAGCUGCCUUCAAAGCUACAAAAAGGUUUUGAGAAGAUCCCAUUGGUUUGGGAAGAAGACAUGCAGAUGUGCUCCAAGUUUUUGGACAGAAAGGAGGAAUUAAAAGCUGACCAUGCCUCGUACCUCAGACAGCAUCCAGAGAUCCGUGCACUCAUAUCCGACUUCCUGCAGUUCUUGCUGCUGAGAAAACCUGAUGAUGUCAUCCAGUUUGCCCGAGACUACUUUCUCCCGUUUGCCUCCAGCUAUUCUGCAGAGCCAAGCCUGAAAGCACCAUCACUCUGAAAGCAAACAAAUGCACAUCUGACCUGUUUGGAACACUCUUUGUAUAGAUUUCUGUUAAUUUGUCAUACUCACAAGUUUAACACUUGAAUAUUGUUCUCUUCUUAUCUUUAGCGACAGAUACGUAUUGGUAUAAAAAUAU